GGGGGCACGGGGGCACGGGGGAGCACAGAAUGCACCAGGUCCACGCAGACGGGCCACAACACCGAACAGCAACACCAGGGUCUUUUGCAGCACAUUUAUAGACACCCUGCGUACCCUUGCACAUACACAUACGCAUACGUCCGCACACACACACACACAGGCGAUGAACUUUGAGACAGACACAGACACGGGCCCCGCGGGCACACACCUGCUGUCCGAGCUCGCCGCCCUGCGUGGCGACAUCCCGUUGGACGAAGACGCCUUCAUGGCGGGCCUGCUGGGCGACGGCGCACAGGGGAGAGCGUUCUUCGACGACGUCGGCACAAAGGCCGGGGGCCCCGACGGCCCCGCGGGCCCCGCGGGCGACCUGUCCUCCGUCACAGGCUGCCACUUCCUCUGGGAGGGCACGCACGCGUGCCCUGACGGCGGCGCCUACGCAGACGUGGAGGACGCCCGGUACGAGGACCGCUCGUACGCGGCGACGCGGCAUCCCCGCCGAAAUGGAAGAUACCGGCGAGUGCCCGGCCACGGUGAGGGCAGUGCAGACACCGAAACCAACCCCGACGCAGACGCCGGCCAGCGCCUGCGAGAGCCGCAGCACUGCCGGGAGCCCGGCGACCCGGACCAGCUCGUCCACGAGGAGCAGAUCACGCCCACGUACAUCAACAUGAUGUUCAACGCGACGUCGAUGAUCCCGCUGGCAAACGUCGGCCGCAUGCUGAAGGACGAGCCCAUCGAGCACGUUGCCGACGAGUACGACACGGGCUGCGGCCACCGCGACGGCGACCGCACCGCCCGCUACAGCAACGACUUUGGCCCCUGCAUCCCUGUCGUGGACUUCUACGCCAUGAACCUGAAGAUCGGCUGAGCCCACGGCGCAGCCUCCGCACCACUGUAUACAUCGCACCACCGCUAAACCAAACACGCAAAACUAAACAAGACUUGACUAGUCCAAGCG